AUGACUGAUAAAUUGUGGAAAACGUUUUGUGCAGCUUUUCCUAUUUUAAAUGAAAAGCGAUCUCCUGAAUCCAUAACAGAAGACAACUUCAUAAAUUCAGUACAGGAACUUCGCAACUUAAAAAUAGACCAAAUAUUCAUCCAACACAUAUUUACACAAAUAGAAACCUACAUAAGACAACAAGUAGCCCCCUUGUUUUGGAGUAAAUUCCAAAUACAAAACAAUGCACAGAAUACAUCCAACAACUUUCAAGACUCUGUUACAUAUCUUUAUGAUUUUGUUAAAAGUUUUCAACCACAGUUACAAAGACUGGAUUAUAUGAGGAAGUCUUGUGAUUCUGUGCAGUUAAUUUAUGGAGAAAGUGAUACUUUGGAGGCUUUUUUAGUUAUUUUAAGAGCUACACUGUUUUCGCAGAAAGUUCUUGAUUAUGAAGUUGUGGUACAUGAUUUUUAUGAUAAGGCUUUCAAGGUGUUUGCAAACUGCGACACAGAUGCUGAAGACUCCCUAGACGAUAUAACAUGUCCAGGAUGUUCCAUGGAGACAGAUUCAUGUGCCUGUUCUACUAUUGUUAUGAACUUUCAUUAUGUAAACAGCUGUCUGAUGUCGAUGGGGCUUCUUGAAAAGUUAGCAGGACAAGUCAUUACAAGUCUUAUUCAGGAUAGAAUAAAUUUACAUGUUAAAAACACUACUAAAGGCAGUUUUGACUUGUCACAUAUUAAACCUUUAGAAGAGUGGUUAGAUUGUAUAGUUGUAAACUGGUUAAUUAAAAUUUACUGUGGAGGCUCUGCAGAAAUUCCACGAAACAAUCUUAAAAUUGCAAAGGCUAUAGAGAGAUUUAAAAGAAAACUAGGACACUUUUUGUAUGAAACUUACACACUUACCAGGAUUGAACAGUUGUUUAACAUUAUUAUAGAGUAUCCUGAAUCCCAGCCAGCAAUUGAAGACCUCAAACAGUGUCUCCCCAAAACAGAAUUACGUCCCAAAUUAGUAUCAACUCUGCAAAAUGCUUUGCAGACCAGACUGCUACAUCCAGGUGCCAACACCCCAGAUAUUCUGACGGCUUAUAUAUCUGCAAUAAAGGCUUUGAGACAUUUGGACCCGAGUGGAGUCUUGCUGGAAACUAUUACGGAGCCUGUCAGGCAGUAUUUGAGAGGAAGAGAUGAUACAAUAAGGUAA